GGACGUGUCGGAGAAGAAUGGAGGCAAUAGCGAAGCACGACUUCACGGCGACCGCCGAGGACGAGCUCAGCUUCCGCAGAUGUCAAAUCCUAAAGAUCUUGAACAUGGAAGAUGACAUGAAUUGGUAUAAAGCUGAAUUAGAUUCCAAAGAGGGACUUAUACCAAGUAAUUACAUUGAGAUGAAGAGUCAUGAUUGGUACUAUGGAAGGAUAACCAGAGCAGAUGCUGAGAGAUUGUUAAUGAACAAACACGAAGGUGCUUUUUUGAUCAGAAUUAGUGAAAGUUCUCCUGGUGAUUUCUCCUUAUCUGUAAAGUGCUCUGAUGGUGUGCAGCAUUUUAAAGUAUUACGAGACGCACAAGGCAAGUUCUUCUUGUGGGUUGUUAAAUUCAACAGCCUCAAUGAACUGGUGGAAUACCACCGCUCAGCAUCUGUUUCUCGCUCACAGGAUGUUAAGCUGCGUGAUAUGGUGCCGGAGGAGUGUCUGGUGCAAGCAUUGUACGAUUUCACGCCGCAAGAAACCGGCGAGUUAGAGUUUCGACGAGGAGACGUCAUCACUGUCACGGAUCGCUCGGAUCAGCAUUGGUGGAACGGAGAAAUCGGAAAUAGACGAGGACUGUUCCCAUCUACCUAUGUGACGCCAUAUCACUCCUAGGCCUCAAAGGGCAGGGGUAGUUGUUGGGAACAGCGGCCGGCUUAUCCCACUACUAUCAUCUACAAGAUCCGAGUUGCCGCGGAUUUCAUAAACAAUAUUUUACAAACCUCACCCAUCGAAUGGGCCACCAGGGUGUACUGGUGGUCUCGCCGAAAAGUCUUCUACAAGUAAACGAUCGAGUAAACGUGCGAAUUGUUCAUAUUCCAAGACCAAAAUCCUCUGAUAUUAAGAAGGAUGAAUGUCGCGUUUAUUUAGACGAAGAAGAGAACUAAAGAUGAAAAUCACCACCGUCAUCGACAUCACAUCGAAACAUCCGACAAUGUUUAAUGAAGAUAAGAACAUCUUGGGAUUUUAGGGGCGCUUAGUGUGAUCAUCUCUGAAUUCAUUUUGGACGCUUUCGUGCCGAAAGCGUCAUUCUAUCUUUAUUACUCAUUACACGCUGAAGGAAGGUAGAAUGAAUGAUGUUUUCAGUAUGAAAACCUCUAAAACGAACUUAGCCCUAGAGAUGCCGGACGAUGGUCCGAGGAUCCGAGGGUCUCUUAAUGCUAUCUGCAAGGGUCCAAGGAUCUAUGAAUAUCGCGAAUGUCUAUGGGAUCUGAGGAUGCCUAAAAGAUGCCUAAAGGAUCUAAGGAUUCAAGCAUUUAUAGAACUUUAACGAUCUAUAACGAUCCUUUAUCUAGAGUUAUCUAAGAAUUUACAGAUACCCCCCAGGGAUCUAAGGGUCUCUCUCGCGUGAUCCUCGAAAUGAACUUCGAAGUCGCGUUCGAGGAUAACCGAAUGUAUAUUAUUUUUUUGUUUUUCUUGUCUCUCUCUCGUUUUUUUUUUUUUUAAUCAUUCUUUUCGACGAACUAUACUCUUCCUUUAUUUACUGCGUAAAUAAUAAAUAACGAAAAAAUUCGUAGCCUA